AUGAUCAUACGCUCUGCUUCAUGGAAAGCCUCCCAGGCUGAGAAAAAAAGACAGGCUCGUCGUGCACUUUGUCAAGAACGAGGAUACAACAUCGGUACUCAUCUCAAGGAGAAUGCAGAGAGAAAUAGAGGUAGGGCAUCACCAAAAAUAAAGGAAUAUUACAAGAAGAGGGUGCACAAGUAUGAGGAGUUCCUCAUUGAGGAGAGAAAGAUGCCCAAGGGAUAUAAGAUUGGAGAGGGGCAUCCAGCUCCAAUCUUACAGGAACUCAAAGCAUUUUUUUGCUGGCUUAUCGAAUCUACUAAGGGAAAAAUUUCCUUGGACAGACGACCAACUAUGAACACAGUCUUAGUGCGGGCGCAAGGAUUCAUUCCAGGAUUUUUUCUCGAAACUGGAAAUAAGAUACCUCAGGAGGUGAAAGACCUGUAUCAUUGGAUUGAAUAUGAGUUAGUCGAAAGACAUGUUCUCUCAACAAUCACAAAGCCAAAGUAUAAUUUUAAGCUUAGCAAUUAUGAGCGCGCUAUAAUCACUUUAUGGGCUUCCAAUGACUUCUUCUUUAUUUAUAAAAGGCGUCGUGAUCAGUUUCACUUUCUUACUCUUUUGUCUCUGUGUACAGGUGCUAGAGUAUCCUCUCUCGCACCUGCAUUAGAAAAUCAAAGGGGUAGAGGUCUCUGUUACAAAGAAAAGCCUUGUAUACUACCAAUCCUUGAGAUUGUAUAUGAUAAUACUCAGAAGCAUAUCCAACUCGUGCUUUUUCGCGCCGAUGAUGCUCCUUGGUCAGAUGGCGGCUUGAUCAAUAUUUUGUCAAGAAUAACAGAGACCCCAAUAAUACAAUAUAAGUAA